AUGCGCAACUCUUUAAUAUCAUCAUCAUCACACAUAUUCCGAAAAGCAGUUAAGACUUUGGGUGCUUUUUCAUCAUCACCAGUGAUCAAUACUGGUCUAAAAUUAACAACCAAUUUCAAUAGAACAAAUAAUCCUUUAAUUUCAUCCUCUUCUGCAUCAUGGAGUUUAUGGGAAACACCAAAGAAAAACUUUUCGAGUGCUCGUUCUUUGCAACGAGAAGAGGCUACUCUUGAGAAUGAAGAAGAGCCUAUUGAAAGAGAAGUUAUGGAAUAUGAUGUAGUGAUUGUGGGAGCUGGUCCAUCGGGAUUGUCCUGUGCUAUUAGAUUGAAACAAUUGGCUCAAGAGUCAGGACAAGAUAUAAGUGUGUGUGUGUUAGAGAAGGGUCAAGAAGUUGGAUCUCAUCUACUCUCUGGGGCCUGUAUGGAACCACGUUCUAUUGAGGAGUUAUUCCCAAACUACAAGGAUCUUGAUGUACCGUUCUAUACUCCUGCUACAACAGAUCGAAUGAUGUUCCUUACCGAAAAAAAGAGCCUUUAG